GUAAGCACAGACGUAGAAGUGGUUCGAGGUCCUGACGAGUGAACGGAGACCGAGGAAGAGGAAAAUGAUCGCACCUUAUCAUGGAGUUAUUUCUCUGUUUGGAUACUAACGGUAACUACGCGACCACCGAGCUGCACCGAGCCACGCGCUCCGCUCCUCUGUGGAACUAACGGAAUUUCAGUUAUUUUAAAAGUGCGUGUUACUGUGUGGAAACUACAGCUUUGGAUACCUCUUCCUGUUACUUAGUCGUCGGUUCCCUAAGUUUAUAAAGUGGUGUUAAGCUCAGCUCGUCGCGUGUUUGUGAUAACAUCGUAAGUAUGGAUACUCUCGCGUUAAGGGAUGCGGGAUUUCCUGCGGGAGCGCCGCAAAGUUGCGUGCAGACGCGGUUAUUGGAGGUUUGGGCAUAAUAAUGCGAACUGGUCAGCCCUGAAAGUUGUCGUAAAACACUGGUUGGCUGGACUGAAUGCUCCUUUUCCUGCUAUUCUUCUCCACUUCUCAGCGCUUCCUGCUUGUGGUGGCCACUGCUCUUAAUGGCUAAAAAUACAUAAAAAACCUAAAAUGGACAGCUAGCUAGGUGUUGUUGGAACUUUUGCUACCUUGAAAAAACUUUACAGCUAGCUAAGGACGACUUUAUUCCUGUCCUUGUACUGUGGAGGCAGAGCUCAACAGGUGGCAGUUUUGAAUGAGGGAAGAGAAUAGCUAAUUUUCCCUUAAUGAGGGGAUUCAGGAGCCUCUUGAAUACAAGCUGGUGGAAUGAUUUUGUGCUCACACCAUGCUUUGGGAAAGCACAUCACUUGAACAGAGAGAAAUCCAGUGAAAACAGAGCUGCCCCUCUGUGCUUUGAAAUUCUAACUAAGGCAAUCUCUUGACUAAUUCUGCAUUUUCAAAUGGAGAGAUUUUUUGUUUCAUGUCAAGACGAAUGAAAGACACUUGCCAUUCAGUCAUCUUUGAAUCCUCUCCUGAAGCCCACUUGUUGGUUGAGCUUUUGAACACAUUUCACUGGUCCCUGAUGAACCAACAAGAAAGACAGGAAAGGGAGCGAGGCGCAAUAAAGUACUCCUUUGUACUUUAUUUUCAAACCCUUGGGGUGCAGCAUCAGAUCCAGUCAAAACAUCUGUGUGAGGCUCCAUGGAGCCGCUGAAGAACAUAUUCAGUCGAGGCCCGCUGUCGAACUGGAAAAAUUUGGAGCAAUCACAAAAAGGGAACUUCACCAACCCAGUGUGGACGGCCUUGUUCGACUAUGAGGCGUCCUGUAAGGAUGAGCUCACCUUGCGUAAAGGUGACCUGGUGGAGGUCCUGUCUCUGGACUCAGAGAUAUCAGGAGACGAGGGCUGGUGGGCUGGCAAGGUGAACAACAAGGUAGGAAUAUUCCCAUCAAACUAUGGCUCCUUCAAGCCGAAUGGAUACGGGAAGCUUCCAGGUAGCGGCGUCGUUGGCGAGCUCAGCCCGGCUGUGGUUGGCAAGUUUGAACCCGAGGAGGUGGAUUUCAGGGAGCUGAGUUUGGAGGAGGUCAUCGGGGUCGGGGGAUUUGGAAAAGUGUAUCGCGGUGCAUGGCGAGGUGGGCUGGUGGCUGUGAAGGCUGCUCGACAAGACCCGGAUGAGGACAUCAGUGUGACAGCGCAGAACGUAAGGCAGGAGGCGCGUUUGUUCGCCAUGCUCACUCAUCCCAACAUCAUCGCCCUUAAGGGCGUCUGCCUGCAGGAACCUAACCUGUGCCUCAUCAUGGAGUACGCCUCAGGGGGGCCGCUGAGCCGGGCGCUAGCUGGACGACGCAUACCACCUCAUGUCCUGGUCAACUGGGCUGUGCAGAUCGCCAAAGGGAUGUUGUACCUGCACAGCGAGGCCAUCGUCCCAGUCAUCCAUCGAGAUCUUAAGUCCAACAACAUCCUUCUGGCUCAGCCCAUAGAGAAUGAAUGUAUGGAGGGUUUAACGUUGAAGAUCACUGACUUCGGCCUGGCCAGAGAGUGGCACAAAACCACCAAAAUGAGCACCGCCGGCACCUACGCCUGGAUGGCCCCUGAGGUCAUCAAAUCCUCCACUUUCUCCAAGGGCAGCGACGUCUGGAGCUAUGGCGUUCUGCUGUGGGAGCUGCUUACAGGAGAGGCACCCUACAAAGGGAUUGAUGGACUCGCCGUCGCCUACGGAGUCGCUGUCAACAAGCUCACCCUGCCCAUCCCAUCCACGUGCCCCCAACCCUUUGCUCAGCUCAUGGCAGAGUGCUGGGACCAGGACCCCCACCGCAGACCCAGUUUUAGCUCCAUCCUGUCCCAGCUGAUGGCUCUGGAGCAGCAGGUGAAGGAAGAGAUGCCGCAGGACUCCUUCCACUCUCUGCAGGAGGACUGGAAACUGGAGAUCCAGGACAUGUUUGAUGAACUGAGGGCCAAAGAGAAGGAGCUGAGAUGUCGUGAAGAGGAGCUGAAGCGAGCAGCUCUGGAGCAAAAGUCCCAUGAGGAGUUUCUGCGUCAGCGCGAGCAGCAGCUGGCCCAGUGGGAGCAGGACGUGUUCGAACGGGAGCUCAGCCUCCUCAUCCAGCACCUGAACCAGAACCAGGAGAAACCCAACGUCAAGAAGAGAAAGGGGACGUUCAAGAAGCACAAACUUAAGUGCAAGAACGGAGAGAAGAUCAGCAUGCCUCAAGAUUUCAUCCAUAAGAUUACCGUGCAGGCGUCACCGGGUCUGGAGAAGAGGCGAAACUCUCCUGAUCUGGGUUCAGGCUCAUCACCCUCCUUCGGCCCACGUUUCCGUGCAAUCCAACUCAGUCCCAGUGACAACAGCAGGACGUUUGGCCUGAGCUCACUUUGGCCCCUGGAGGCUCCCUCUCUAAAACAAGCCAAUGGAGACCUGAGGUUGGGCCCCCACUGGAGGCCCCAGAGCCCGAAGAGUCCGAAAAGUCCAAAAGUCCUGCGUCUAAGUCCCCAGGAAAGCAGUCUGUCGAUGAGGGCCAAGCUCCUGGAAACAGACAGCAAUGAGAACGGAGAAUCCAAGGACGACUUCGAGGAGUACAGACCCUCCACGCCAACCCCUCCCUCUUCUCAGAACGGCUCGUCUGUGAAGGACAGCCUGCGGCUUCCUCUACCUCAGCGAGACUCCAGCAGCGAGGAGGGGGGCUACUCCCCGGCUGGCUCCCCCAGGCCUGAGAGGGGCUCCCUGGGUGGGCUGGUGAAGAGCACCCACCGUGCCUUGCUGAGCAGUGGCUACCUCCUGGCCUCUGUAGGACUCGGACGCUGCCUGGACAUUCCCCCACGGGUGCCUCCUAGAACUAACCCCUCUUCUUUAGGGGACCGCACCCCUUCUGAACCGGAGAUCUCCCCCCCUAAGCCCCUCAUGUCUGAUCCCCCAGUAGUGGACGAUCUCAUCACUUUCUCCACCUCGGAGCAGCUCCCCAGACCGCUCUUGGAUUUACUGAAGCCCCUCCCUUUGACGCCACCUCCGCCCAACCCCAGAGAAAGGAGCGGCCAACGCACACCGCAGAUGCCACAAAGUCCACAGACCCCCAGGACCCCCAAGCAGGGCAGAGCCAGCCCAGGGGAGUUGACCCUGAGUUCUCAUUCGUCUAACGGGGAGUUGGGCUGUGAGGCCUGGGAGCACCGAACCGACAGGAGAAGGAGGUCCAGCCAAGGCCUGCACGCCUCACAGCUUGUUUUGGACCUACCCUUGUGCCAGGACACACAGGACCCUGAUGACAAGCCCUCAGCACCCUUCGCUCUGCACCCUAACCCUGCCCUGUGGAGCCCUAAAACCCGACGCCUGGAGGUCAGUGUCAUCCCUCGCCCCCGACCGUCUCCCAUCCGCCCUCGAAUUGACCCAUGGAGCUUCAUCUCAGCCGGAGGCGGGAACUCAGGAGGCGGCCGCAGCCCGAACCGCUCAGACAGCAACCUCUUAGGAUACCAACCCUCGCCUACAAACCCUUUCCACAACUGUGACCCCUUCCCCUCGCCGGACUGCGACCCCUUCGCUCUCAAAGCCGACCCAACAAGCGGCUUGGACACCACUUCCCCUUUCGACCCUUUCUCUGCUCCUUUUCCCACUUCUCGGUCUGCACCGUGCUCCACUAACGGCUCGCCCACGCUGCCGACAUUCCGCAUAGCUCCCCUAAACCCUGCCGACUCACCGCUAAUCGACCUGGGCUGGGCGGCCUGCAGCAAACCCCUGGAAGGCACCAAAGAGAGGGUUCACCCCCGCAGGACACUGGGGCUCAAACCCUUCAAGUCCCCAACGCAACUCAGAGACGACCGCUUCUAAAAGCGUGGUUUUUAUCACAGGAACACAGUCCAGGACCCCUUCCACUACUCAUCCUUUAUCUAAAUGAGGAUCUUAACCAUCACUCGACCCACUGAGGGGGUUUCUCUUAAUCAUUGGAGCCUGUUUGUUCCCACCCUGCUGCUUUGGAAAGCCAGUUAAAGGUGGUACAUUGGAUCAUGGGAUAUCUGCCUUUGAACCAAUGGCUGGUGCCGUUUCAUCCCCCCCUUCUAUCUGUGCUUCUCUUUCCCUUUGAAGGAGCAGAACACAGAUCACUCAUCCCAUCUUCAGAUCCUAUCAGAGCGCUCGCAUCCCCGGCUUUCAUCCCCCACCCUACCUUUGAAGCAUCGCGACAAUGCAGAGGUGGAUAAGGCGACUUGCACAGCUUCAUCUGCCUCUACCUCUCUGCAGACUGAAAGCAUUCAGGACAAUGGAAAAAAUUGGAGUGCCUUAUUUCGUGAAGUGUUUUUAAUAUAUUUCUUUUCCUUGAAUCUGGUGCCUAGGGAAGAUGCUCAAAUUUGAAGAAUUAUCUUAGAAUUUCCAGGGAAAAUAAUGUACAUUCAUGCAUGUACAUCUUCUCAAACAGCACCAGCCUGUUGCAUUAUGGGAGAAAGCUCUCAGAGUGGAGAUAUUCCAGGCGAGCUCAUGAAUCCGAGUCAAAACCAUGACCCAGGCAUUCCUCUUGGAGGCAGAUAACAUUCCAGUCACAUUCCCCGGGAAAUGCCAGGGAUUGGACAGAUCAUCGGGGCUGGCAGGCGACACAGGGCAGGAAACAUGGACGGGGGAGCCCUCUGCAUUCCCUUCUUAUGCCAAAGAAUGUGACAGUGUAAGGGCUGGGACAAAGAGUGUUUGCAAAUCAUUUGUUUUUACCUCUGCGGAGAGCCAGACGUGUGGGUUUAUCAGCACAGAGAGAGGAGAGAUAAUCACAGAUGGUAUUUUAAAACAGUUUUAAUAUACUUCUCUAUGGUUUUAGCCUUUAUACCAUCCAGACCUUUUCAUAACUGCCUUUCUGCUGAAGUGGGGAAGUGCUUGCAGAUGUUAAAAUGUGCCAAUAUGGAAGCAUGAGGUGCAAGUUAUAGGGUUGCAACCUUGCAAAGCCGGCUAUUGAUUUUUCCAUGUCUUAAGGCAUUUUAAAAACUUACCUGUUGCCAAGUUAGUGCCAUUCAUUUGCACUGGUGUGAAAGCUGUCAGACAAACCCAAAUGUGGACCUAAAAACUGUACCAAGACUGCUUUAAAGGGGGGUCUUGACCUACCUUGGUAGGACUCUGGUGUGGUUUUGUUGCGGUAAGAACAUGAACCACAAUUCACCUGGCCUAACUAUCGGAAGCAUUGCACUUUUGAGUUAAACCAGUUACUUUAGCUUUCCUUUCAUGAAAAAAUACAAACAAACAAAAACUGUCAACCAGAGCCAACAUCAGUCCUCGUACUCGUCAGUCAAUUUUGAAAAUGAAAAGUUGCUUUGGAGCUGCCACAGCACGACAGGAGUCUUGUGAUUUUUUUCCCUAGAAAUUCCAACAAAUUAGAGAGCAUUUCUUUGCGCAUCACACAUUUUAGUCUGAUUGUAAAAAAGUUUAGAAAUUAACACUGACCAAACUUGAGGUAAUUAUGCAGAAAUUAAACAAAUUGGUUCAUGAUUCAGAUUACUGCAAAUAAACUAUAGGUGAGUAAAUGUCCUUAGACAGGAAUGCAUCGCUCAAUUAGCCGUCUUCAGUCCCUACAUAAGGCAUAAAAACAUUGUGAUUAAUAGCUGAUUUCUCCUAAAGGUCUACUCGAAGUUUAUAGUGUCUAGAAACAAAAUUUGAAAGUUUUAAAUCCUGCUAAAUCUUACCCAGAAGGGCUUCACCAUAAUGAUGUGGAUUCUAGUGAAUGCAUUUGUUUGUGUUAUUGUUGCAAAAGGGCAUAAAAUCUUAAGUUAUUUAAAUUGGCAAUGCAUAAAGACUAGAAGCAGAUGGAAACGACUAGCCUGGAUCUGCAUAAGGUAACAAAAUCUGCCUUUCAAAAAGUCCCUUUUGGAUGCAUUUUAUGUUGUUUGUUCAAAGAGGACCUUUGGAAACUAAUUUUUUUAAGUGCCUUAGUUUUAUUCUGGGAUUCUUCUAAAGUCACUUUGCAGGACUUUCAGUCCUAAAAGGUUCUUAUUUAUCUUAAUGGGGCUUUCUAUUCAACCCUUAGGAUUUGGUUCUGUGUUAAACAGCCAGUUAAAGAUCCCGUCUCUUAAAAGCCCUCAUCUUUAAACUCAGAUUUCUUCUGAUUGGCCUCUUUCCAUCAGCUGGCGUCAGAAGACUAAGAAGAAAACUUGGAGACCUAGUUUUUAAAGCUUAAACUUUUCUGCUCAAGGUCUUCUAUUAGACAGGUUAAAACUUUGGCCUUGAGUUAACAAUAUUCAAAAAACAGAUUUUUUUACAACAGAUCAUAGAGUCUUGGGCGGGUGAUCCAAUAUAGGUCAGCUAACAUCAGUGGUAACACAGCCAGAUUAAGAUCCUCUGAUACUGUGUCCUAACUGCCUGUGCAACGCAAGUGAGCAUUAGCGACAAAAUCACCUUGGUUGCAUGGAUUUAUAUCGUAGUAUCCUGACAGUCCACAAGUGAAGCAGAGUGAUGUGAUGUGAUGUUUUUGUUCCAUCAUCCUAUUUCUACUUCCCUCUGCGUUGCUCACAUUGAGAUGAAUGAGGAACAAGGAAAGGGGGAGAUGAUCAAGCACCAGGAGUGUCAGAUGGGAGGGUUUCCUUGAUUUUCUUUCACUUUUCUCACUCUACAGAGCUUGUCAUGGUGUUUGACAAAAUGGAGACAGUUUUGCAUCAAUAAUAUCCACGUUCUUGUUUGAAAUUGUCUGCUCUGACUUGUGUCAACAUAGCUAACAGCUGUCAAAGGCUUGUCAACACAAGGCACCACACUUUUGUUCUCCACCUUCAAAACGAAGGCUCUAGAUGUCUUUUAUUUUUUACAAGGGGAAUCUGAAAUUCCUGCAGAUCCUUGAAUUUUCUUAAAAAGCAUCGAGUUGGAUUUCUUUUUUAAUUUAAGGUAAUAAAAUAUCUUAUUUUUCUUCUGAAAGGUCACUUUGAUGGAGAGAUGCAAUGUCUCAUUUAAAUUUUAAAUUUUUAAUUGGUGGGUUAUCUCAUUGGACAGCCUUUUGGGGCAAAAAUACAACUUAAGGGGAAACUAGUGAAGAGGCAACAUAAAUCUUGCUCUGCAUUCUCAGUCAUUUACAUCUAUGAUUGUUUUCCAUACUAAAUCAAAGAUAUUCAACCACCUUCUCAGAGGUUUUAUCGAGGAGAAUCAUGGGUAAUGUAUGCCUUCAGUUGCUGAUUUUAAGCUUGCAUUUCAUUAACAUAUUGGUUAAAGGUCAAGCGCAUGAGCACCCUAAAAGAGACUCAGUUGAGCGCGGCACAAAUGCACCCGUUCCCUCAUCUUUGCUGAAGCAUCACAGCGUGCAGAUACUGAUUGGCUUCCUCUCUGACACCGUGUCAUUGGGAGACAAUAACAGCUUUGUUCCGACAAAGAGUGAAAGCUUCGUCUCCAAAGGGGAAAGCUUUGUGAUUAGCCUAAUAAUCCUAAAGACGAACAGAGCCGGCUGAUAGCGAUAAUUAGCCUCUUGAUAAGAGCAGGGAGCAUUAACAAAGCGUUCAGAUAUUUGGUUAAUUAAUUUGCCCAGAAAAAGAAAUGCCCCGCGUUCUCCUCCAAAGGUAUAUCGAGCUGCUUCUUUCAUCCGCUUAUGUCUUCAUUUAAGCCUUUUUUAUGCACAAAGUUUAAAGCCAGCCUUAGACGUCUUUCCUCCCUCUCCUGCCUUUUUUUUUUUUUUUUUUGUCUUCAUCGCCACCAGCUGCUGAGCUGCUGACCGGAUGAAAUCUCACCUUUCUCGCCGUCCUUCCCCCUCAGGUGGUGUGGGAGAUUUUCGAUCUUUCUUUCUUUUUCUUCGUCCUCCUACACCUUUGCUUCCUGCCUCUCUGGAAAGUUUUCUUCAGGGCAGUUCUGUCCUGACUCCGCAGAGCGUUCGGUUCAAUAACAGCAAGGUUUGUAUUGAGUAAAAAGAAAUGGAAAUACUUCUACAGGAGUCCAUUUACAGAGGCAAUUAGGUUUUGAAUUGCAUCAGGAGCCUUGUUGUGUAUGUCUAUCCCACCCUAAUGUGUCUGUUUUUCAUCUGUUGGACCUUCAAGUAAUUCUCCACAUUAGGAAAGAAACAAAGUGCUUGAAAAAGGACCACCUUAUGCUGUCCAGUUACACCUUCAUUUGUUUUAUUCAUUCUGAGUGGAGGCAAUAAAGGCAGGUGGCCAAUAAGAAACUAAAGCAUGCUGGGCUUCGAAGGUUGUUUCAAAGGCCUCAGCACAACUUCUUCCCCUUAUAUAGUUUCACACUGAAAAGUUGACUUUUUAGUUAAAAUACUUAUUCAAAUUUUUAUACCAUUAAAGUCGCUAAACCUCAGAGUUCCAGCUGAUAUGCAUCUACCCUGGAGUUUCAUAUAAUACCUUUAGGCCUACAUGGACAAGGCUGGGGACAGGGGAAGGGUUACUCCUUCUUGAGCCAUUGCAUCAUUUAGUCCAUGAUGCUUAUACUGAUUUGAGCUGGAAUUUUUAGCAACAAAACAAAUGCUUUUAUUAUGUUUUGUUUUAAACAGUUAAAACAGCAGACAGGGAUUGAGAUCAAAUCAUGGUUCCAUGAGGGUCCAAUUCUGCAUUUUCAAACCCUGAAAUCAGUCCUUUUUCAGCUUAUUGAUACUGCUAUUGGGUCUUAUCUCUGAUGCAGGUGGAUUCAAGGUGGAGAAUAAGAUCAAAGCACAUAAGCAUCAAUUGUGCAUCAAUUUAAAUCAAAAUGUGGUUCCUAUGCUUUCACUUUGGAAAAUAAAGACUCCAGCUGCACUGGGACCACUGGCUUUAGCAGCCACAGAACAGUUAUACUCCUCAUUUGCUCAGAUCUGCUGUGAAAAGCACUCCCAAACUUUUUCCUGUUUGUUAAAAAUAUCAAAUCAGUGUUUAAAUGGAAGAACCAGGGAAGACCCAUCUGUUUUCUUGCAGCCGAUCUAUGAAUGAGAUCAGCUAAUUGUGUUUUGUUAGUGCAGCUGGUUCAACAGUUGGUCAGUCUACUUGCACUGAAACGUCCUACAGGCAGCAGCAUAAUGUGAUAAAGGAGCAUAAAGUUAUGUUAUUCAGCCAUUAGUAUGCCGUUACAGACUUCAUUCAACAUAGCAGUAAAAGGAGCAAUGCAACAAGUAGUGUUUACACAAUGUGAUAAUUCAGUCAUUAAUAGUUUAAUAGUCUGGUGCAAAUAAGUCUAGGAAAUUAAAAUGAACACGUUUCAGAGCAUUAACUCCAUGACAUUAUGUAGCUGAUGCAAUUAUUUGAUGUUGCUAAAAAAAACAAAUUUCACCUUUAAACAACUGCAUUUAUUUCAACCUAACCUAAAUUUCAUUUUCUUGAAGUAAUAGUCAAACACAUCAUGUGACUUUACCUUUGCCUUCCCUUUUUCUGUAUGUUUUUCCACCUUAGAGUUAGUGGCAUGUACAGAAGCUCUUCCAUGACAAAAACAUGACUGUCCUUUUUAAAAACUAAACUGUUUAGAACCAGCUCAGCAGACCCCCUAAAAUAUGUUAUAUCAGGAUACUGUAUAUUGCUCCUUUCUGGCAUAAAUUGUGCCAGAAAGCAUCAAAUUUGGGAGUUAACGGCAAAAAAAACACAUCUGACAGUUCCCAGUUCAGGUCUUAUAAAGCUCUUAAAUUGUUUUUUAAAAAUGUGUAGAGCACCCUGUAUGAGGACGAGGAAUACAUUUUUAUUGUGGGGGCAAAUAAAAAAGAGGGAAUCAUGACUUUAUAAAUUCUAACACAAGCACUACUCCGCUUACACUAGUGAAUAUGUAGGGCCCCCAGGAUGCUUUAAAAAACAGAUGCAAUUUUUAAGGGAAUUAGCACGCUAUGUGGCAGUGAUUUUUAAACUUUUUUUUUGCUCAAAGCACACCUAUGAUCAAGCCAAAAUCUUAAGGCACACCAUGUUCAUAUCUAUGCAAAAUUGUAUCUUCAGUUGAUGUAAAGUUGUAGUAUGAUACAUGGUUGUUCAAAUUCCCUAGGCAUGCCUCACUCCAACAUUUGGAAACACUAGAUUACAUAAACAUGCUAAACGGUACGUUUUUGCCGCCUAUAUUUUAGCCAUACCAGCCAUAUUCUGUUUUAGCAAAUUUAAACCUUUUUGUACCUGUUAACAGUGAUUUUAAUACCAAAUUACCCAAAAAACAUGCAUAUGUAAUAAAGGCAAAGUGAGAAAAUACACAAAAUACCACAGAAAUAUGAAAUUGUCUAAUAGGAUGUUCGGUUUUUGGAUAUUUUGAUCCCUUUGAUAUUAAGAGUUUUAAAACGAUAUUUUCAUCACAGUCAUUAUCUUAAUCAUCAAUAGAAUUCAAAAAUAAAAACACAUGUAAAAGUAUCUUUGGUUGUGGGAUAGUCAUAUUAAUCAAGCAUGGUUGUGCAAAUGCCCAAGGCACACCUUGACUUGCCUCUAAGCACACCAGUGUGCCUUGCCACACCAUUUGAGAACCACUGCUAUAUGGAGUUAGUGCAAUUUAAAGAAUAUUUUGUUAUUAUAUGAGAUUAAUGGGGGUCUCCAGUUUCUGGUACUGUUAUUUUCAUGGUCAUAGGCUGAAAAGGGUAGCAGCCAUGUGGUCGCACAAUCUGGCUGAAUCACCUAUGUUAGUGCAUUCGUAGGAUUUUAACGUUAAAAUCAGUUCUUACUGUCCUUAUUUCUCUGAAACGUCUAGAAUCUGUUAAGAUUCACAUUUUGUCUAUAGUGUAGGCAACCUCUGUGCGACAUGUUUUGACACUUCCUGCCUCUUCCUUGUUUGUUUCUUGCAGGGAAAACUCUCGUUGUGACUUGUCAGCAAGCAGCUCAGGAAAACUUCACUGGAAGCCUGUCUUGUGAUCUGUAGCUGUAGGUUCUAUGUAGAAACAUAGGUGAGGAUGUAGGUAGAAGUACGUUUUCACUGCUAUGGGGGAAUCAAACCCCCCACCUGCCAUCACUUAUCUGUGAGUGCUCUGAUCUUCCCUGGUGGUGCGCAGAAGUUGGAGGUUUAAUAUAGAAUUUGUCUCUCUCAGCAGUGUUCCCUACCUUCCCUCGCUCCUGUCCGCUCCGCCAACAUUUCCCCGACGUGACAGGUGAUGAGUUAUUGCCUCGUCUCCCCGUGUCAACACACACAAAGCCACAAGAGCUCUCCUCUGAUAGUCAUUAGGGCUCGGGUGGCUGUUAUUGUCGAGGAGAAAGAAAUCACGGUGGAAAUUGAGAAGAUUGAAACGUCUGGCAGAUUAUUUCUGUCACCGAUUCUGCGAGUGUGUCAAGUAUCCACUCCAGCCUGCCAGUCAUGUCUCGUAUGUUUGUUCCGCUUAAAUUCGGAUGCUGAAAAGUGUUACCUGCCGUUUCCCAUCAAGCUUGCAAAUGCUGAGUGAUUUAUGAUGCAUAACUUGCAUCAACAGGAAGUCACCGUCCCUUUCACGUAUCAUUAUUGCAUAUUGUCGCUGCAGGGGUUUGUCUGGAAGGGGUUCAUUUGACGCAAUAAUGCAGCUUCAGAAACAAUAAAUAUGUUCAUACUUUUUAAUAUAAAACAAAUAAAACUUCUACUUCAACUCUUAAAGGAGAUCUGAGCUCUGGUUUGGUAGCCCUGGGAAUACUCAGGAAGUCUUUUGCGGGCAGGGACGUCCACUUUUUGGUUUUGCCUGUCAGAUUUAAGAAGCAUAGCUGCCACUCCUCGGCUGCAGCUGACAGCAAUAAGAAAGUCCUGAUGAGUUGUUUGUGGCGCUCAGCUCUUCCAGGCGUCGCCUCCAUCCGUCACUGCAAAUCAGCGUCCCCGAGUGCAAACUGACAGCAAGAAUGGGAGCGAAUUCACAGCAUGAGAGACCAAUAUCUGGCCAAUGGCAAUCCAUUUUAGUCCCUGUGUGGAAGUGAGCAGGCUUGAUUUGAUGAUCUAAAUUCAAAGAUCUCAGCCCUAAUCAGCGAAUGGCAAAUGGUCAAUAUGUUACAUGAAUAACAGCUAAUGAGAUGUCACAAUGGGCGACUCGGAGGCCUUGACCCUCAUCACACCCAGGGGCUACUUGUGAGCGCUGGUUGUGUUUCAGAGUAAAAAAUCAGAGCUAUUAUCCUCCAGAAGAAAAAGAACAGGUUGUGAGCAGGUUAUUUACCGCCUUUGUGAUGGUUGAACAGCAGUUCAUGGGGGUUAUUACUCCUUCUGAAAGCUUCAUUUGACCCUGCUAACAGUGAGUAUGCUCACAUGGAGACUAAUUAUAUGAUUUAUCCUUAGAUUCAGCUGCAGGAGUGUUUUUUAAUGUCUUAAGUAGAGUAAAAGUGCGACUUUGGCAUAUUUAAUCACUGCAGCAACAUAGGAAACAAACCUGGCACUGUGUUUCAAAGUUUAGGUGUGAAAGUUUGACGCAAACAUCUUAAGUUUCCUGGAAAUGGAAGAGUUGUUUAAUUUUUUUGUCAAACCAUUAUGUGUUAGCAUAUGCAUCCAGCUGUGUCAUGAGCAUUCUUGUAAAAAUACUUGGCUAUACGUAACGCAUGUUACUGGAAGAAACCACCUGAUGGUACAGGAGCUGUGUUAUGUGUGGGAUGUAAACUACAAACAUGGACACACUCAGAAAGGAUACAAUAAUUUUAAUGCCAAGAUCAAAACUCAUAUUAUCAACAUAAGUAAUGAAUAGCAACAUUCAGCAACACUCAGACUGAUGACGGGUGGUCAGAACACACCGUCUGCACGCCAUUUCUUCGACAUUUUCCUCCUCUCAUGGAUGUAACUCUCCCAUUGUAUUGGUUUAAUUAGUGACUGUGUGAACUGGUGAAUUUUGGCUGACUGCAUUUGUGGUCGAGUCAAUACACCAGCUGAUAAAUCCCCAAAGAGUCCUUAUGAAUUGUUUAGUUUUUAAUUUUGAUGUCACAAUAUUCUCAUCAGAAACUCUAAAACUAUUUGAAGGCUCAAAAAACAAUUUAAAAGUGCUGUUAUCUAAGGAAUGAAAGGUCUUAUAGACAUUGGACCAAGACUGGCCUGUUCAGCCCUCGGAUUAGGACUGACACCAUCCACUCCUGAGUCUCUAUGACCAAAAGCACAUUCCUGUUUAAAAUGAAUGGGGUGGGCAGAUGUGCAAAACAUUUCUGAGUAUUUGUGACUAAAAUCUCUUUCCAUAUUUCCUGACUCCCUUCAGCUGUCCUAUCAAAAUUCAAGCAAAAAGGUCUAAAAUAAUCUAAAAAAAAAAACGUUCCUUUGCAGCUAACAGUAAGUGCAUCUGUCGCAAUGGUCUGUUUUCCACAAUAACAGACUGUAGAGUGUUGUAAUCGACCAAUCAGAAACCUGAUUUAGCUGAGUAGCUUCAGACUCACAAUCAUCGUUUCAACUUUAGCACACAAAAUCUGGACUUGACAUUUUCAAGAUAAUGUUGGUGCAAUUUUAAAAAAUAACUAUCAAGUUUUUCAGGCUAAUAAAUUCACAAAUUUCCAUUCUCAAAAGUUUUAAAAAUGUGUAAUAUUGUUAGAAUGACUCUACAUUCUGAGUUCAUACAGUCAUACACUUAUAAGAUAAAGCAUUAAUAUUUUUAUUGUAUAACUCAUAAAUUUACAGGACAACUCCAGAUUUUCAAGUAAAUAUAGUUAUGAUUUUACAAGAAUCAAAACCUCUGAUUCUCAACAUUAUACGCUGUAAUUUUCAAGAAAUCCAAUUCUACAUUUCCAUGAUUUCAAAAUUGUGAAUUCAUGAGAAAAAUCUGAAUUUUUCAGUCAAAAACGUGAAUUUACAAGAAGCCAUUGUCUAAUUUUUAAAAUUUUAAAAAAUUGUAUAUUUGAAAAAAAAAUAGGAAUUUUAAGUUUCAUGGUUGUACUUUUUCAGGAAACAAAACUGAAUAGUUUGAUUUGAUAAAAUCACAAAUUAAUGAGAAAAAAAAAUGAAAAUUUUAAGUGAAUGGAGUUGUAAACUUACAAACUAAUAAGUUCUAGAUUUAAAGAUUAUAAAUCAUAAAUUCAUGUGAAAUAUUCUAAUUUUGAGUCAGUUAAUUCAUGAAUUUAGAAUAAGCCACUUUUAAGAUUUUCAGUUCUAAAUAUUUGUUUAAAAAACGACAAAAUUUUGAGUGUAUAAAGUUAAUAUUUUAAGAAACAAAACCUAAUUUUAUAACGUUAUAAAUUUAACAGAAACAACUUAAACCCUUGAAGUCUAUAAAGUUAUGAACUUGCAAGAAACAAAAAUUCUAAAUUUUUGGAUCAUAAAGUUGUACAUUUUUCAAGAAACAAUCUUAAAAUUCUUAGAAUUAGAACACUGUAAAUUCAAAAGAAAAUAACAUGUUUUUUUUUACUCAAUAAAGUAAAGACAGCCCAUUCUUAGAAAUCUGACUCCCACCACAUCUUGAGUUUAUAAAAUGUUGAUAAAAAAUAGCAGAAAUGGAGAGUAUUUUUUAUUUAAAGAUGUCAAUCUAAUAUUAACAAAGCUUCACAUUUUGGAACCUUAUUGCUGUAAAUUUAUAAGAUCAGUAAAACAGGUCGAUAGACAGUUUUAUUUGUUGGUAACUUCAGCUAAAUCAGAUUUCUCUCCCUCAAUGAAAAAUGAUUCAACAAGAUAGAAAAUAACUCAAACGUACCUUAGUGGGUUGGUGAGGAGUAAACUCAUACAUGACUAAACGAACAGUCUGACGUUUCAGCUGCUGUCACCCUGUCCGUCUGUCCGUCCGUCCGUCCGUCCGUCUGUCUGUCUGUCUGGCCGUCGGUCCGUCUGUCAUCUGUCCAUCUGUCUGUCUGUCUGUCUGUCUGUCUGGCCGUCUGUCAGUCCGUCCGUCUGUCUGUCUGUCUGUCUGUCCGACUGUGCAUCCUCCCCCUGUGUUCAGUGAAGUACAGGUUACAAAUACCGCUGCUUAUCGCCUCGUUUCAGACGUAUCACAGCCAGACGUCGUGAUUGCUCUCUGUGGCCCGUAUUAAACCCCAACACCUGCCCGGCUUUUGUUUGGCAUUAACAGGCCGAGACUAAAUGAUCAAAUAUGACCUUUCACUGACUGUACAGGAAUCACACAUCCCAAAUGGGACGUGAACAAAAGCGCCGUCUGAACGAGGCGCCGCCAGGUGCCCAAAUUAACGCUCGGCCUCCCAAAGUGUGAAUAUCAGUCCUCAUUCUUUUCAGUCUGCGCGCCCAAGGUCACCAUCUGCUGUCCUCCUUUUCUCUAACAACGAAGAUCUGAAUGAAUGGGAGCAGCGAAGGGAGGACGAUUGGUUUCCAAGACCACAGUGACGUCGUUUAGACAAUAAAUAUGGAUUUAAUCUGAGAGGUCUUCAGUCCAAGGCCCACCACGCAGACAUGAUUAUGGCCCUGCAUAGCUAUUGACAGACAAUUACCUUGUGAUUGUCCUGGAAUGAAAGGCGUUCAGCGUGGACAUUUGUGCAGCUACAGUGUUGAACGAGUGAAUGAACAGAGCUCCUGUGUCAAAUAGAGACAAGAAUGAAUCAUGUCACCUUGUCCUAAUUAAUAACAGCUGAUAUUUUUAGGAGAUUUUUUUCACUUACAGUCCUUGAAACCAUUUCUGAGAGCUCAUUCUGCUCAUAAAGCUCCAAUCAGAUGAGAAUUCAGCAGUUUACAUCCUUGAAACCUUUAAAUUUAGUACAGCUUUAUAACGUGACAACCUACAGCAAUUAAAACUCAUUUAACCAGAUUUGAAAUCAUCCAACUUUGGUGCAUGAAAAAGUCUCCAGCCUUGCUCUCAGGGCCACUGUCAGUCUCUACUUGUGUCUAAUUUUCCAGUCUUGUAACAAACCGUCUCAGUGUUUAAAACGUUGAGGUUCCAUUGAAAAGACUUCCAGAAAAUGUAGCGUGCUGGUCCUGGAUCAGCGCUAAGUCGCUCCUGACACUUAACCUGAUUAAAGUCUUCUCAAGCUCUGAUAGAAUUCAGCCUCGAGUAUUUGACUCUAGCUCCACGGUAUUUAACAGCAGGUGGUCUCUUUCAGGUGCUAAUGCACGGGCUUAAAUAACUGAACUCUAAAUGAUCCACAGAGGCAAUUUAAAAUGGUUUGGGAUGGUACAAAUCCCCAUGACUCACUGGUCAAAUCUCUCUCUCUCUCUCUGUGCUGUAACAGGCUUUCCCUCCCAGCAGCCAGCUAAAGGACGCUUCCAAAACUCAUAGACAAAGGGGGGAUAUUUAUGAACGGCCGUUGUUUCACACACUGGAUCAAACUAUUUUUAGACGGCCAUGGACGCAGUCUACCUUAGGAUGAUGGAUUGAUUGCUUCGAACGUUUUAUAGGUUUUCACUGGAGUAUUUAAGAUGUACGUAUGGGUGCUUCAUGAGCGGCAAAUUUACAUUCCAGCUCUUCAAUUUGGUCGCAUUUCUAUCAAAAUAACUCCUCUUACAGCUUGAAUAUUCAUGUGUUGCAGAAAAUUGAAAUUAUUGAUACACAUUCCAGAGAAAUCAUGGUAAAAACAUGCAGUUAAAUGUCCCCUUGAGGCACCCAUACUGAUAUAAAUGUGCAUAAAACUGCUCGAUAGAGACGAGGGCUCUCCGGCCUCCUCUCUGUCUUUGUAUCUUUUUGCUUUAGUUGUUCCACAGUCGUCUCUGUGUCUUAUUUUGUGUUUUUAUUACAACCCAGGCGAUGUGAUAACACAGUGGUGUCAUCGCCCUGGCAGCCAUUUUUACAUCUCUCUCAGUCGUCGGGCUUUGGAAAAAAAAAAAUUCUAGCAUUUUUUUGUGAAAUCUCGCACUGGGCUGGGCCUAAUCAAACUGUUUUUAUUGUUCUGUGUGUCGAGAGGACUAUUUCUGUAAACAGUAUGUGAAAAUGUUUUUAUUUCUCUUGACUAUUAUAAUGGGUUUUAACCUGUGGAAUAAAAAAAAAAAAACAAAGGAAAAAGCUCAAAAAGAGAUGAGACCAAAUAAAAUGUAACA